AUGUCUUCAGACGAUACCGGCACUGCUUCAAACACCCCCAUUGAUGUGCCAGCAUAUUUCGGGCCUCUGUUCAUCGCCGUGGUGGUGGAUAUAUUCUUCUUCGGCAUCAUCGUCAGCCAGUCAUUCAUGUACUUCACCACCUUCAAACGAGAUCCGAAGUGGAUGAAGAUCCUCGUCACCCUCGUCCUGAUCCUCGACACGGUCAACUCUUGCUUCGACGACACCGGCGUAUAUGUGCCCAUCGUCCUACAUUUCGGCGACUUCGCGGAUGUUCUGAUCACCGGAUGGGCAUGCCAUAUGAACCCCGCGGUGACGGGAAUCGUCGCCUCCCUCGUGCAGGGCUUCUACGCAUGGCGCGUUCACGUCAUCGCCCAAAAUCGUUGGAUAGUCGGCGCCAUCUGUACGCUCUCCUUCGUUCAGCUCCUGGGCGGCAUCGGGACGUCCAUCGCGGCCACACGCGUGCCGUACAUCCCGGACUUCAUCUCAUUCCAGUCGAUCGCCAUCGUCUGGCUCGCCUCGGCCGUCGUGGCGGACGUGCUGAUCACCGCCACCCUCGUCUACUACCUCCGGAGCCGCAGGACUGGCAUGGAGUUCACGGACACCACCAUUGACAAGAUCACCCGCCUGACGAUCGAGACCGGGUUGCUCACCUCCGUGUGGGCGACGACGGACCUGCUCGUCUACCUCACCGUCCUGGAAUCCGUUCACCUCUUCUUCAACUUCACGCUCUCGAAGCUCUACACCUUCUCCCUCCUCACCUCGCUCAUCGCCCGCCACGCGCUCCAGGACGACGGCCCGUCCGAGGACCCGCGCGUGCACCAGAUGCCGCCGAGCAACCGCAACUCGCAGGUGCCACCGCAGGCCUACGCGCCCGACGUCGAGGGGCACGAGCUCAAGGCGUCGAGCGCGACGUGGGCUACCGCCGUGGACGACCAACGGAAGUCGCGCCCGGUGUCGAACGCCACGACCGCCACCGCCGUAGACGAGAGGAGGUGGUCGCGCCCGCUGUCGAACGCGACGUCGUCCACGGCCUUCUGCCACUGA